CCCAGCUGUGUGUCCAUGAAGAAUGAUCAGUCCCAAGACGUCGAUACAAAUUUCAGAGGAUCUCCUUCCUCAGAGUCUCAGAUGAGUCAACAGAAAACUUCAGACCCUCCUGGUCCUGGAUCAGGAGCAGCAGCUGGACUUGAACCUGAACCUGGACCUGGACCUGGACCUGGACCUGGACCUGAACCUGGACCUGAACCUGAACCUGGACCUGGACCUGGACCCAGCCUUCCCUCCACAAAGAGCGUUUGGUCUCCCACGGGGCAGGACAGGAUGAAUCCAGGAUCUGAACCCAGCAGUGUGUCCAUGAGGAGUGACCAGUCCAAUGACAGAUACAUUCAUUUCAGAGAAUCUCUUCCCUCAGAGUCUCAGAUGAAUCCAGGAUCUGAACCCAGCAGUGUGUCCAUGAGGAGUGACCGGUCCAAAGGCAAAUACGUUAAUUUCAGAGGAUCUCCUUCCUCAGAGUCUCACGUCAGCCAGCAGAGCUCCCAGGUUCUCCAUGGAGGCUCCGCCCCUCAGCAUCAAACACAUCUGGACUCCAUCUUUAUGAUGCUGGAGGACAACAUGGUGACUUUCAUGAGGAAGGAGCUGAAAAAGAUGAAGACGCUCCUGAGUCCAGAUUACCCAGCAUGCUCAGAGAGUGAGAGGGAGGAUGAGGAUGAAGAGCAGAGGAGCAGCAGAGAGUCAUUUCUGAGGAUCACACUGGACUUCCUGAGGAGGAUGAAGCAGGAGGAGCUGGCUCAGCGUCUGUGGAGCAGGACCUCUGCUAGAGUCUACCAACAAAAGCUGAAAUGUGAUCUGAAGAAGACGUUCCAGCAUGUCUUAGAGGGAGUCGCUAAACAAGGAAAGCCGACCCUCCUGAACCAGAUCUACACAGAGCUCCACAUCACAGAGGGAGGGGCUGCAGAGGUCAAUCAGGAACAUGAGGUCAGACAGAUUGAAGCAGCAUCCAGGACAGCAAACAGAGCAGAAACAAGCAUCAGACCAGGAGACAUCUUUAAAGCCCCACCUGGAAGAUCUCAACCAAUCAGAACAGUGCUGACAAAGGGAGUGGCUGGCAUUGGGAAAACAGUCCUGACACAGAAGUUCACUCUGGACUGGGCUGAAGACAAAGACAACCAGGACGUCCACUUCAUAUUUCCAUUCACCUUCAGAGAGCUGAAUGUAGUGAAGGAGGAGAAGUUCAGCUUGGUGGGACUUGUUCAUCACUUCUUCAGUGAAACAGAAGAAGCAGGAAUCAGCAGCUUUGAAGAAUUCCAGGUGAUCUUCAUCUUUGAUGGUCUGGAUGAGUGUCGACUCCCUCUGGACUUUCAGAAGGCUGAUUUCCUGACUGACAUUAGAAAGUCCACCUCAGUGGAUGUUCUGCUAACAAGCCUCAUCAGGGGGAAACUGCUUCCCUCUGCUCACAUCUGGAUCACCACACGACCUGCAGCAGCCAAUCAGAUCCCUGCUGACUGUGUGGACAUGGUGACAGAGGUCCGAGGGUUCACUGACCCCCAGAAGGAGGAGUACUUCAGGAGGAGGUUCAGAGAGGAGGAGCAGGCCAGCAGGAUCAUCUCCCACAUCAAGACCUCCCGAAGCCUCCACAUCAUGUGCCACAUCCCGGUCUUCUGCUGGAUCACUGCUACAGUUCUGGAGAAGGUGUUGAAGAGCAGAGAGGGAGGAGAGCUGCCCAAGACCCUGACUCAGAUGUACAUCCACCACCUGGUGGUCCAGGCCAAAGUCAGGAAGGUCAAGUAUGAUGGAGGAGCUGCCACAGAUCCACACUGGAGUCCAGAGAGCAGGGAGAUGAUAGAGUCUCUGGGAAAACUGGCUUUUGAUCAGCUGCAGAAAGGAAACCUGAUCUUCUAUCCAUCAGACCUGACAGAGUGUGGCAUUGAUCUCACAACAGCCUCAAUGUACUCAGGAAUGUUCACACAGAUCUUUAGAGAGGAGAGCGGCCUGUACCAGGACACGGUGUUCUGCUUCAUCCAUCUGAGCCUUCAGGAGUUUCUGGCUGCUCUUCAUGUCCAUCAGACCUUCAUCAACUCUGGAAUCAACGUCCUGCAUGAACAAAAACAACCCAACAGGGGGUCAAAAAUGAUUAAGAGGAAACCUAAUCUCCACCAUCUCCAUCAGAGAGCAGUGGACGAGGCCUUGAAGAGUCCAAAUGGACACCUGGACUUGUUCCUCCGCUUCCUCCUGGGUCUUUCACUGGAGACCAAUCAGAGUCUCCUUCGAGGUCUGCUGAAACAGACACGAAGUAGCUCACAGUCCAAUCUGGAAACAGUCCAGUACAUCAAGAAGAAGCUGAGUGAGAGUCUGUCUGCAGAGAGAAGCAUCAAUCUGUUCCACUGUCUGAAUGAACUGAAUGAUGGUUCUCUGGUGGAGGAGAUCCAACAGUCCCUGAGAUCAGGAAGUCUCUCCACAGAUAGACUGUCUCCUGCUCAGUGGUCAGCUCUGGUCUUCAUCUUACUGUCAUCAGAAGAAGAUCUGAAGGAGUUUGAUCUGAAGAAAUACUCUGCUUCAGAGGAGGCUCUUCUGAAGCUGCUGCCAGUGGUCAAAGCCUCCAACAAAGCUCUGUUGAGCGGCUGUGGUCUGUCAGAGAGAAGCUGUGGAGCUCUGUCCUCAGUUCUCAGCUCUCAGUCCUCCAGUCUGACACAUCUGGACCUGAGCUACAACCGUCCAGGAGACUCAGAGGUGGAACGUCUUUGUGCUGCAGUGGAGGAUCCACACUGCUCACUGGAGACUCUCAGGGGGCGGUGCUGAAAGCACUGAAAGAUGAAUCUCAACUCAGUCAGGAGGAAUCCCAGAGACCAACCUCACUCAGAGGCCUCUGCAGAGUCCAGGACCACACCCAGUGGAUGGGGAGUGGCGGUGUUCAUGCUGUAAAACCUAGAAAAAGGUGCCGGCGUCACCCAGGAGGCAGCAGCACAUAGAGGGUCCUCCCCUCAGGGGGGGCCAAGGUGUGGACACUGCUCUGGUGGAGUGGCAGCACACACCACAUGGUAGAGGGUUUUUCACCACCUGACAAGAAUGGUGAAAGGUAUCCAUGUUCCAUUGGAAUAAGCACUGCUUGGAGAGAGCAGAGCCUCCAUCAGGACCUCCAUAACAGACCAA